AUGUUAUUCGAAGGUCCACUUAGUAAGUGGACAAAUGUUAUUCAUGGUUGGCAAUAUCGUUAUUUUGUUCUUGAUCCUACACAAGGAAUGCUUAUUUAUUAUACAUCUAAAGAUAAUAUGGUUAAAGGAGAACGACGUGGUGUUGUUUUAUUAAAGGAUGCACAUUUAGGUAUUGAUUCAGAAGAUGAUAGUACAUUUACUAUUCGAUCAAAUGGUAAAACAUUUCAUUUCCAAGCUCGUGAUGCUGAAGAAAGACAAAAAUGGAUAUCAAAUCUUGAAGAUGCUAUUUCUCUUAAUACAAAUAAUACAAAUAAUUUAUCAUAUUCACAUAAAACAAUAUUUCAACGUAAAAUAACAGAAGCUGACAGUUAUUUACAAAUAUUAAUUGAUCAAGUGAAUGAAUUAGAACAAAUUAGUAAUCAAGUACAAGAAACAAAAGAACGGGAAUGUUAUAAUCGUAUUAUUUUAUCUGCUAAAAGAUUAAUCGAAGCUGUCAAAUAUUCUAUUUUAUCACUUCAAUUAGCAAAAAUUCAAAUGGAUCCACAGAAUGAAAUAAAAACUAAUAUCGAUCAUCAAACUAUAUUAUCAGAUAUAAGUAUAAAUAAAGAUGAAGCAUCGUCAAAUACUACUCAGACAAUAAUUCGUAGUGAUACAAAUGAAAAAAUAACUAAUGAUAAUAAUCUAAUUGAACCUUUAGAUUUUCAUACAGCUGCAAAAACUGUUCGAAAAAAAUUUCCUAUAUCAUCUUAUUCAAGUAGUGAUGAUGAUAAUGAUUUUUAUGAUGCUGAUGAACCAAUCGAUGUAUCGGUCUUUUUAUCAUCUUCAAAUCCACAAACAGAUGAAAAAACCACAAUAAAUGGAACAUCUCUUACAAAUGAAUCACAAAUUCCAUUUGAAAUUUAUGAAGCUGCUUAUGAAGAAGAACCUGAAGAAGAUCUUGCACCUAUCGAUGGAACUAUUAUUUCACAUUUAAUCUCGCAAGCACGUAUAUCAAUGGAUUUAACUAAAAUAACAUUACCAACAUUUAUUCUUGAACGACGUUCUUUUCUUGAAAUGCUUGCUGAUUUUCUUGCUCAUCCCGAUGAAUUUGUUAAUGUUACAGAUUAUCAAACACCACGUGAUCGUUUUAUACAAGUUGUUAAAUGGUAUUUAUCUGCAUUUCAUGCUGGUCGAAAAAGUCCAGUAGCUAAAAAACCAUAUAAUCCAAUACUUGGUGAAACAUUUCAAUGUUUAUAUGAUAUUGGUUCAUCAUCAUCAUCUUCAAAUACAACAAUUGCAAAAGAUGGUCCUGUUUCAUGGGCAUCAGAUAAUAAUGUUACUUUUAUUGCUGAACAAACAUCUCAUCAUCCUCCAAUUGCUUCUUUUUAUGCUGAAUGUCCAGCAAAACAUAUCCAAAUAGAUGGAUGUCUAUGGACAAAAUCAAAAUUUCUUGGUCUUUCAGUUGCUGUUCAUAUGAUUGGUGAUGCAACAUUAACAUUACUUGAUCAUGAUGAACGUUAUAUUAUGACAUUUCCAAGUGCAUAUGGACGUUCUAUCCUUGGAGUACCUUGGUUUGAAAUGGGUGGUAAAAUAACAAUUGAAUGUGAAAAAACCGGAUAUUUAGCUAAUAUUGAAUUUUUAACAAAACCAUUUUAUAAUGGAAAAAAACAUCAAAUAAUUGGUACUUUAUUUGGUCCAGAUAAGAAAGAAUUUUGUAAAAUUGAUGGUGAAUGGAAUGGUGUAAUGAAUGCAAAAUAUAUUGAUAGUAAAAUAUCGGAAGUGUUUUUUGAUACAAAAAAAACAGCAGUUAUUAAAAAAAUUGUUCGACCAAUUGCUGAACAAGGUGAAUAUGAAAGUCGUCGUUUAUGGAAAGAUGUAACUUAUUAUCUUAAAUCUAAACAACUUGAUAAAGCAACUGCAGCAAAAACAUUUCUUGAACAACGACAACGUGAAGAAGCUAAAGAACGUAAUGAAAAAUCACUUAAAUGGCAAACAAAAUAUUUUACUGAAUCGGGUGAAUUAAAAUGGACUUACGAAAAUAAAUUAAUUAAACGUUUAAAAUGA